CGUGGUCGGUCAGAACAAACAGACCGCCGUGAGUCCUACAGCACCCCGCUCACCGUGGGAAGUCGAAAGAAGAGGAGUAGAACGGCGGCGGCGGCCCUUUGGUUCGGUUCCUCGGCGACGGAUCCGGUGGAUCUGCGAUGUUAGCGUCGGAUUUCGAGCUAUCGGAAAGUUUGGGUUUGGGGUUUGAGAUUUCUUGCUUCUCGGAGGAUGUUUGAUUGGGACGACCAGCAUCAGGUAGGGGAGUCUAUAUGGGCUGAAUUUCCUGAGAAUGAGGAUGAUAUUGUCCCUUUUCCUAAGGGUGCCGAAGAGAGUACAUUAUCUAUUUUGGGGAAUUAUGGCAGGAAACAGAGAAAUGAAGAAGCAAGCAUUGGCUUAAGGUCCAAUGAACAGAGUUCAGGAUCCAAAAAUAAUUUUCUGGAGAGUAAUCAGGACAAUAAUUCUACUUUUAUUACAAAUGAAGAACUUUCUGCUGCACAACUUGAUGCAGAUUCAUGGCCUGAUUUGCCUUCUUUAAGCACUGCACUUGAUAGAGAAUACAAUGAUCCUUGUAAUAGAGGGUCUUUGGGAACACAUCUGAUGCUUGAUAUCAGUGAAGCAACAAACCUUGACAAAAUGAGAGUGCAGCUAGAUGGUCCAUCUGAAAUGUUUGGUAAUGACAAAGAUGAGAAAGAUAAUGAGAGUUACCUUGAUUGUGACUGGGCUCAUAUUGGAGAUAUUGAAGAUCUUGACAAAAUAUUCAGUGGAAAUGACUCCAUAUUUGGACAUGAAAUGGUUGGCAGUGCAGCAGAGUUUCUGUCAGCAUCUUCUGAUGUGGUUAAUAGCACUAUACAGUCAAUUCCUCUGCCCGAUAUGCCAUUAAGCAAGGACCAACAUUUUGGCCUGGAUCCUUCCUCUUUGCAUCUUGAUGAACUUUCUUCUGGGAAAGAAAUUCCAGAAGAUAAGACAGCAGAUAGUACUCUCAGAACUGGAAGCAAAUACUGUGAAGCACAAAAUCUGUUUUCAAAUAAGCAUUUGCAGUCUAAUAGCCAAAAGAGACCUCUGAUGUCAGAUAAAAAAGCUGAAGAAAAAGAGAAGGCUAAACACUUAAAAAACAUUAGUGCCACAUGGUCCUGCAACACAAACGAAAGCCAGCAACUUCCAAGCUCUACCAUGAGUACUUGCUCUGAAACUCCAACAAAAACUUUUCAGACAACAGUACAAAGGCAAGUCAGAGCUCCUGCUAACAAUGGACAGCUAGACUCCCCAAAUCUGUUUAUGUUUUGUGGCGAUGGAUAUGCAGCAUAUCCUUUCCAACAUGUUUAUAUGAAAAGGAACCAAGAAAAACCACUUUCUUUUGGUCAUAAGCCUUUAAUGUAUUUCCCAAAGAGUUCAAACGCAUUAGAUAGCCCAUCUGAUAUGGCUUCAAGACAACCGAAAAUGACGCCCCAAGAAAAGAUAGAAAAGCUGAGAAGGCGUCAGCAAAUACAGGCAAUGCUUGCCAUUCAGCAGCAACAGCAACAAUUUGCUCAUCCAAAUACCGCUAUUGAUUCAUUGGUUCCCCAAGUGUGCUCAUCUAGGAAACAGACUCAGGAAUCUAUGACUACCUCAUCUGCAGUCGAUGGUAGUGCAAAUAAGCUUACAUCACCAGAACAGAACAUACUAUUUGAUCAAGAAGAGUCCUGGAGGGUCUCCACCAUAAAUGAGGAUCACUCUCUAGAAGAAAUGAUAUAUUAUCAGCUUCAAGAUGCUCUCGGGCAGUUGGACAUUAGAAUCCGGCUUUGUAUUCGAGAUAGUUUGUUUCGUCUAGCACGAAGUGCUAUGGAAAGACAAAGUGCUAGUGACACAAGUAGUUCGAACAAAAAUAGUAGGGAUGAAGAAGAGCUUCCGGCAUAUGAUGAGACAAAGAGGCUAUGUAGAAGUUCAGUGUUGUCGGAGGCAGAAACACAUACAAAUCCCAUCGACCGGACUGUGGCUCACCUGCUUUUUAAGCCUUCAGAACUAUUCACAAGACCUGUCAAAGAGGAACUACCACAGUCACCUGUUGCAUAUGACCCUGUUCCAAACGCAUCUAUUCACGCUCAAGAAGAUUAUCCUGGGAACACUGGAGAAAUGGAAAUGCAACCUUCAGCCUAAAUGAAUCAGCAGAAUGGCGGCGGAUGAAUGUUCAGAACCAUUCAAACAUAUCAGGAUGUGCUUUUGGAGUUCCCUGUUUAGUUGUGAACUACUUCAAUGAAUUUGGUUUCUCGAUCUCCAUUGUGUUGUUUCCAGAUAACUAAAAUGGAGCAUCAAAGUCCAACCUUGAAUGUUCGUCGCAAAUUGUCGUGUCAGAUUGCUACUAAUGUACUUGUGUAUCUAAUCUGUCAUCUUCAAUAAUGGCUGCUGCUGGUAGAUGAUUCCUUCUAAACUAA